GUAUUCCCAAUCACAUUAGACUCAAGUAGUUUCUUUGUUCCUUUCAUCUCAUCCGAUUAUUCCUCUACUUAUGCGAUACGAGAUGCACUCGUCGAGAGGCACAUUGUUCUCUCAAUUGAAAAGAUUCGCGCGCUUUCCAACCCUCGCCGGGUCACUUCAUUCAUAAACACCGCUCCCAUUCUUGGGACAAGGCUUUUCUCGAUACCCGCCAGCCUAUACGAACGGUUACAAGCUGCUUUAGGUGUCGUAACGCGCCGCUUUUACGCUUCACGCAGUCUCGAGACUUUGAAACGUGCGCCCAACAUACUGCUUCUAAUUUAGAAACAAAGGUCUACUCCGACCGUCAAAUCCGAUAACGCACGGUAUUUGUUCAUCGAACAGCGAUGCCCGGGUCCGUUCCGACUUAAUUUAUUUAUUCAUACCAGCAUCGCAAAUGAAAAUUUGCGAUAUUCUUUGUAAUAUUCUUUGUACAUUUUUCUUUGCCUUCAAAUAGAUACGCGUAUCAUUAUAUAAUUAUUGACUUAAGGAUGUCAUGGCAAUUUAUUAUAAAUAAGUACACAUACUUAUGUACGUACGUAAUUAUGUAUAUACGAAAAGAUACGUAUCAAUUUGCAGCACUCAAGGCUUUUGGACACAAUUGUCUUACUUAAUUUUGCAAUUUAUGGGCGUCUUAUUGUCACCGUAAUAGAGCCAGAGAAAUAACGCCCGAGACAGUUGCGCUUGAAAAACAAGGUAAUAAAAUCUAUACUUAAUGACCAGAACGCACGACAAAACCGCACGUUAGCCGACUGGUUGUAUCUCUGUGUCUGAUGCACGUGCACGACCGCGGCCGUCUCGACUUGGCAAAUCUAGUUGUUUACAGUGGAGCGCAAUUGGCGCGAAUAAGUUUCGGUAAAGAUAUAUCGAUAGGCGGCCAGGUUCGUUCGGGCCGUUCCGAGACCGAAUUCGCGGCCGAGUCGGAAAGGAAGCGUUCAUUCAGGGGGCACAGGUUCUAGUUAUGCAACGCGGGAACGGAGCGGCCGCCGAAAUUCACGAGCAGUUGCGUCAUACUGCGAAAUCGCACGACUGGAGAGUUCACGAAGUGCACGGGAAUAUAUCCGAGAAUAUCCUCGCGUUUUCUAUUUAUGCGAUCCUGUUCACUAUACGCGACACAGAGAGUCGAAUGUUACCGAACACGUCGGUGAACGCGUUCAUCGAUCUUUCAUCGAUGUGCUGCCAUUUCUCGCGGCUCGCUGUGUAAGCAGACGGAGUCGGGUAUCUAGGUCCGACGCGAUAUCAAACCGGCAAACAAAAUUUCCGAUGUUUCAGCAGACGGUGUCCGUUUUCCGAAGCAAAUUGCGGCCGAGAUAGUUCGAAAGAACGACGAAUUAGACUGUGUUGGUUGGAGCCUAUGUUAUUCGAAGGAGCGCUGAAUUUCUAUAUACACGUUAUAUGUAUUAGAUUAUUGUCUAGAGAAGAGAUUGAAAUUCUUUCAAUCCUUCUAGUGGUUCAGAUUUGAUCCACUUAAUCUCGUAACCGCAUAAAAACUACAGCCCACUUACCAGCUCAAGUUCGACACUGAUUGUAUCCUCUUCCCACGAGUUCGACUUCGCGAGCCUAUUUUGAACGUUUCAGAAUGAAUAUGUGCCGUAUGAAGUGGCCGCAAAUAGCCAAGCAUAUUCUCAACGUAACACUUCGACGAAUAGCGGCGCACGAACGAUGGGCUCGCUUAAGCCAAUUAUAUGUAUUUAUGGGUAUCUCUCGCACGCGUACUCGUGUACUCGAGUUACGCUUUUCAAUGGUGUUAUUCGUUGUCGGACGUGCGCGUUUCAAUAAGCGCAAUCCUGUUCGUUUACAUUGUCGUUCGUCACGGAUGCGAUCUUUUAUUUAUCCUCCGCUAAACGAUGGCACGGCCAAGUCGCAAGACGAUAGAAAAUACUGUAAUCGAUAAAAUAAAACGAGAAACAUUGGACAACGUCUCGUAGCUAUAAAUCGGCAGUUUUACACAGGUAAUUUAACCUCUAAGCUUCGCGUGGGGAGAAAAUCGAAUGAUCCUCAAUUGUAUUUGCAUAUCGGAAGUGUUUGCAGAUCGCUUUUGGACGGUACGCAUUAAAAUGCCAGCGUGUUUGAUCGACCAUCGCUUCGUAGCUAUAAAAGUUUCAUUCUGGCUCGAUGUACUCGAAUGAACGUUAAAUCCUCGUCGGCUUGGAACCGUAGAAAUUCAACUGUUGCCUCGGAGUUCGUUCCGUCACGAGACUCGGUCAAACAAAUUUAAGCUUCCAAGCACAAUUUAAUACUCUUUUUCUCAAGCAAGUUGACCUUCAUCUUGAAUCGGUCGGGACCGUGCGCACAAAGAUCGGUUUCUUUCACAGACGCGAUAAAUUAAACACAAUUGGUUCAUUACGAUGCUUCGUGGCGAUGGACAUUCACACGAUUCGGAAUAGCCGCGCGGCUCUAAUAAUUAAAAUCCAGCAACAAGUCCAAAUAGAACAGAUAAUCAAGAAAGUUAGCGCCAUUUUAAUCGAACGAAAUUAACGAUAUAUGUAUAUAAAUUGGAUCAAACGAUACGUGAUUAGAAACGGAAUGAACGGUCUAUUCGUCGGUAGAAGACGAUACGAAAUAAAUCUCGAGUUCUCUCCGAACAAUGAAGCCAUCGUUCAUAAAUACAAUCCGGCGACUUCCGCGAAGAUUUAUAUUUGCAUAUCGCGUUGUGGAAUUUUGCAACUCGAUUCGUCGCGCGUUAGUCAUCGUUCGUGAGCGAGCGCAGUUGGUGGCAACCACCUCCUGUGCUCGCGUUCUGUUCGGCGACAUCUUUGUUACUCGAAUCGUUUGAAAACAUUCAACUCGGCUUCCCGUUACGCCUAGAAAUAAAAUUGCUCAAUAUCGGUCGCGAUUGUCUUCAAACGAAACCGAAUUACGUUCUUCGAGUUUCUGACAUACACCCGACGCUACUAAAACUAAGAGCACGCUAUUGUCCGCCACCACGAUUCUAUAAUCUUAUCACACGAAUAAUUUCGAAUUUCUAUUUUAAAUAACUAAAUGUCACGGUGUGGUAGGCCAUAAACAAAUUGUGAAGAUCGAUACUUCGAAAGGUCACCUUGAGAAGAAUACCACGCCUUGGAUGGUAGGUACGGACGUUUAAUUCGUAUAGGAGAAUGCAACAAGUUCGUACGGCGAACAAUGUUUCUACGAAGAUUUAUCGGCUUCUUUCGUACGGCUUAUCGAUUAUCGAUGUUGAUUUUCAGUGCGGCAAACUCGCGCUUUGAUAAAAUUCGACGGCCUAACCCGAACCAAUUACGCGGGCGAUUAAUAAGCUCGCCAUCGAAUUUGUUUCAAUUUAGCUUGACGCGCGCGCGCGCACGCACGCACGCAGGCUCGUUGUUGUAGCGAAAAAAAAGCUGCGUGCGAACGAGAAACGCAAUUAUGUAUCACGAGUAGAGACGCGCGUGCGACCCAACCAAUAUCGUACGAUGAAAUACGUAAAGAAACAAUAAACGAUCCCGGUCACGAGAAAUCUGUUGGCACCCGGCCACGCGAACUAUUACGGUAACAGCGACGUCUCGGAGAUAAUAAUAUAAUAAUGGAGGGUCUCGUGGCGGCUUAAAUACAAAUACAACGGUUUGCCGCUUUUUAGAUUCUCACGGGCUCCCUGGAAGCAUGCAACGCAGUGAGGGAAAGGCGGCGGGAUGCGACGCGACGCGGGAGACUCGCCGUAUUUCGAAUCGCCGUUGAUCUUCGAAUUGAUCAUCGACGACAACUAUUCAGCUACCGUGGGACAUGAUCCACAAACGAGCAACGGUAAUCAGCCACAGCAACAGGUGCAAAGCGGCGGCGGCGGUGGCGGCGGUGGUGGUUGGACUGGGAUUCCCGAGUCGACGUUGGUGUCGAGAUCAGCCAGAAACAAUGGAAACAGCAACAGUAACGGCUGGAACUCCGUUGCUACGACGCUUCUUCAGCAGCAACAACAACAACAGCUACACGAACGGAAACAAAAAGAAGCUAAAUCGGGGGAUUUGGGAGAUGAUGAAGACGGGGGUGGAGGGGGUGGAGGGUUGGAGGGGACGGACCCAGAGGAGAACAACUCUGUUCACCUCAAGAGACGGGUGGGACUCGUCAGUGGGGUGGCUCUAAUCGUUGGCACCAUGAUAGGUUCCGGGAUAUUCGUUUCGCCGUCAGGGCUUUUAGUUCGAACCGGCAGUAUCGGGAUCAGCUUCCUCGUAUGGACGGCCUGCGGAAUGUUGAGUCUGUGUGGCGCGUUGGCAUACGCCGAGCUGGGUACGAUGAACACGAGCAGCGGCGCAGAAUAUGCUUACUUCAUGGAUGCGUUUGGUGCGCCGCCAGCUUUCCUUUUCUCGUGGGUUUCCACGCUGGUUCUGAAGCCGUCACAGAUGGCGAUUAUUUGCCUAUCGUUUGCGCAAUACGCGGUCGAGGCGUUCGCAGCCGACUGCGAUCCACCCGAGGAAGUCGUCAAGAUCGUUGCCCUCCUGGCGAUAAUACUAAUAUUGCUGGUGAAUUGUUACAGCGUUAAUCUGGCCACAGGUGUGCAGAACGCGUUCACCGCGGCCAAAUUGAUCGCUAUACUGGUUGUAAUCGCCGGCGGUUCUUACAAGUUGAUACAGGGUAACACGCAGCACCUGAAAGGCGCUUUCGACACGAUGGACGGCAAUACCAUCAACAUCGGCAGAUUGGCUACCGCAUUUUACACCGGCUUGUGGGCCUACGACGGAUGGAACAAUCUCAAUUACGUUACGGAAGAAAUCAAAGACCCAUCCAAGAAUCUACCACGUUCCAUCAUGAUCGGUAUACCUCUGGUCACGCUCUGUUACGCGUUGAUAAACGUCUCUUACCUAGCCGUAAUGUCGCCGUCAGAAAUGAUCGAAAGCGAAGCUGUCGCAGUGACUUUUGGCAAUCGGAUUCUUGGCGUCAUGGCAUGGCUCAUGCCGCUCUCGGUUGCGAUCAGCACGUUCGGUUCCGCAAAUGGUACUCUCUUUGCAGCAGGUAGAUUAUGCUUUGCCGCGUCCCGCGAGGGUCAUUUGCUCGACUGUCUCAGUUAUGUGCACGUGCGACGAUUUACUCCCGCCCCGGGACUCAUCUUCCACUCCCUUGUUGCAGGAGCAAUGGUAUUGUCCGGAAACAUAGAUUCCCUGAUAGACUUCUUUUCGUUCACCGCUUGGAUCUUUUACGGCGGAGCGAUGCUCGCUCUUUUGGUGAUGCGAAGGACCAGACCAAAUCAUCCACGACCAUACAAGUGUCCGCUGGUGAUACCUGUGCUCGUACUUGGAAUCUCUGCGUACCUGAUUGUAGCGCCAAUCAUCGAUAAGCCUCAAAUCGAGUACUUGUAUGCAGCCGGGUUCAUCUUCGCGGGCAUGCUUGUCUACCUCCCAUUUGUUAAAUACGGAUAUGUGCCCAAAUUCAUGGAAGGAGUGAAUGUCUUUCUCCAGAUGUUACUCGAGGUAGCACCAACAGCUGCAGCCUUUGACUGACUUCGGGGGAAUGUGGGAAAAGAUUCUUGAAAUGCCAAAUCAUUCCAUUGAGGCAUCCAGAAAUACAUAUGUAUAUAUAUAUAAAUUAUAUAUACAUAUAAUUGUAUAUAUAUACAUAUAUAUAUAUUUUAAAUAUGCAUAUGCGAAAAUGUGUACUCUAUUAUUAAAGCUCAAGGCUGGCCCAAAUGAUUCACACAUAAAAACAUAUAAAAUAUAUUAUUUUAUUACUCGUUAUUCUUCGUAUAUAACGUACAAUAUAUGGAAAAUGUUACUGUUAGACAUAAUUAGUUGAUGUUGUAUCAAUUGCGAUCAAGCAACUAAAAAUAUUUUAAAUGUUUACAGUUGCAA